AUGCUUCCUCUCUUGAUCAAGGUGCUUCCUCUCUUCAACAAAGUGCUUCCUCUCUUCUUCAAAGUACUUCCUCUCUUGAUCAAGAUGCUUCCUCUCUUCAUCAAAGUGCUUCCUCUCUUGCUCAAGAUGCAGCUUCCUCUCUUCAACAAAGUACUUCCUCUCUUGAUCAAGGUGCUUCCUCUCUUCAACAAAGUACUUCCUCUCUUCUUCAAAGUACUUCCUCUCUUGAUCAAGAUGCUUCCUCUCUUCAUCAAGAUGCUUCCUCUCUUGAUCAAGGUGCUUCCUCUCUUGAUCAAGAUGCUUCCUCUCUUGAUCAAGAUGCUUCCUCUCUUCAUCAAGAUGCUUCCUCUCUUCAUCAAAGUACUUCCUCUCUUGAUCAAGGUGCUUCCUCUCUUCAACAAAGUACUUCCUCUCUUGAUCAAGAUGCUUCCUCUCUUCAUCAAAGUGCUUCCUCUCUUCAACAAAGUGCUUCCUCUCUUCAUCAAAGUGAUUCCUCUCUUGAUCAAGAUGCUUCCUCUCUUCAUCAAGAUGCUUCCUCUCUUCAUCAAGAUGCUUCCUCUCUUCAACAAAGUGCUUCCUCUCUUCAACAAAGUACUUCCUCUCUUCAUCAAGAUGCUUCCUCUCUUGAUCAAGAUGCUUCCUCUCUUCAUCAAAGUGCUUCCUCUCUUGCUCAAGAUGCAGCUUCCUCUCUUCAACAAAGUACUUCCUCUCUUGAUCAAGGUGCUUCCUCUCUUGAUCAAAGUGCUUCCUCUCUUCAACAAAGUGCUUCCUCUCUUCUUCAAAGUACUUCCUCUCUUGAUCAAGAUGCUUCCUCUCUUCAUCAAAGUGCUUCCUCUCUUGCUCAAGAUGCAGUUUCCUCUCUUCAACAAAGUACUUCCUCUCUUGAUCAAGGUGCUUCCUCUCUUGAUCAAAGUGCUUCCUCUCUUCAACAAAGUGCUUCCUCUCUUCUUCAAAGUACUUCCUCUCUUGAUCAAGAUGCUUCCUCUCUUCAUCAAAGUGCUUCCUCUCUUGCCCAGGAUGCAGCUUCCUCUCUUCAACAAAGUGCUUCCUCUCUUCAUCAAGAUGCUUCCUCUCUUGAUCAAGGUGCUUCCUCUCUUGAUCAAGAUGCUUCCUCUCUUCAUCAAAGUACUUCCUCUCUUGAUCAAGAUGCUUCCUCUCUUCAUCAAAGUGCUUCCUCUCUUGCUCAAGAUGCAGCUUCCUCUCUUCAACAAAGUGCUUCCUCUCUUGCUCAAGAUGCAGCUUCCUCUCUUCAACAAAGUACUUCCUCUCUUUAUCAAGAUGCUUCCUCUCUUCUUCAAAGUACUUCCUCUCUUGAUCAAGAUGCUUCCUCUCUUCAUCAAAGUGCUUCCUCUCUUGCUCAAGAUGCAGCUUCCUCUCUUCAACAAAGUACUUCCUCUCUUGAUCAAGAUGCUUCCUCUCUUCAUCAAGAUGCUUCCUCUCUUCUUCAAAGUACUUCCUCUCUUGAUCAAGAUGCUUCCUCUCUUGAUCAAGAUGCUUCCUCUCUUGAUCAAGAUGCUUCCUCUCUUCAUCAAGAUGCUUCCUCUCUUCAACAAAGUGCUUCCUCUCUUCUUCAAAGUACUUCCUCUCUUGAUCAAGAUGCAGCUUCCUCUCUUCAACAAAGUGCUUACUCUCUUGCUCAGGAUGCAGCUUCCUCUCUUCAACAAAGUACUUCCUCUCUUGAUCAAGGUGCUUCCUCUCUUCAUCAAAGUGAUUCCUCUCUUCGACAAAGUACUUCCUCUCUUGAUCAAAAUGCUUCCUCUCUUCAUCAAGAUGCUUCCUCUCUUGAUCAAGGUGCUUCCUCUCUUGAUCAAGAUGCAGCUUCCUCUCUUCAACAAAGUACUUCCUCUCUUGAUCAAGAUGCUUCCUCUCUUCAACAAAGUGCUUCCUCUCUUCAACAAAGUGCUUCCUCUCUUCAUCAAAGUGAUUCCUCUCUUCAUCAAGAUGCUUCCUCUCUUGAUCAAGAUGCUUCCUCUCUUCAUCAAGAUGCUUCCUCUCUUCAAUAAAGUGCUUCCUCUCUUCAACAAAGUACUUCCUCUCUUCAUCAAGAUGCUUCCUCUCUUGAUCAAGAUGCUUCCUCUCUUCAUCAAAGUACUUCCUCUCUUGAUCAAGAUGCUUCCUCUCUUCAUCAAAGUGCUUCCUCUCUUGCUCAAGAUGCAGCUUCCUCUCUUCAACAAAGUACUUCCUCUCUUGAUCAAGGUGCUUCCUCUCUUGAUCAAGGUGCUUCCUCUCUUCAACAAAGUGCUUCCUCUCUUCUUCAAAGUACUUCCUCUCUUGAUCAAGAUGCUUCCUCUCUUCAUCAAAGUGCUUCCUCUCUUGCUCAAGAUGCAGCUUCCUCUCUUCAACAAAGUACUUCCUCUCUUGAUCAAGGUGCUUCCUCUCUUGAUCAAAGUGCUUCCUCUCUUCAACAAAGUGCUUCCUCUCUUCUUCAAAGUACUUCCUCUCUUGAUCAAGAUGCUUCCUCUCUUCAUCAAAGUGCUUCCUCUCUUGCUCAAGAUGCAGCUUCCUCUCUUCAACAAAGUACUUCCUCUCUUGAUCAAGGUGCUUCCUCUCUUCAACAAAGUACUUCCUCUCUUGAUCAAGAUGCUUCCUCUCUUCAUCAAAGUGCUUCCUCUCUUCAUCAAAGUGAUUCAUCUCUUCUUCAAAGUACUUCCUCUCUUGAUCAAGAUGCUUCCUCUCUUCAUCAAGAUGCUUCCUCUCUUCAACAAAGUGCUUCCUCUCUUCUUCAAAGUACUUCCUCUCUUGAUCAAGAUGCAGCUUCCUCUCUUCAACAAAGUGCUUCCUCUCUUCAACAAAGUGCUUCCUCUCUUCAACAAAGUGCUUCCUCUCUUCAUCAAAGUGAUUCCUCUCUUCAUCAAGAUGCUUCCUCUCUUGAUCAAGAUGCUUCCUCUCUUCAUCAAGAUGCUUCCUCUCUUCAUAAAGUGCUUCCUCUCUUCAACAAGACUUCCUCUCUUCAUCAAGAUGCUUCCUCUCUUGAUCAAGAUGCUUCCUCUCUUCAUCAAAGUACUUCCUCUCUUGAUCAAGAUGCUUCCUCUCUUCAUCAAAGUGCUUCCUCUCUUCUCAAGAUGCUUCCUCUCUUCAACAAAGUACUUCCUCUCUUGA